AUGGGCGAUUUCUCUGGCGUCUUCAUGUCUUGUUCUGUUCUUCCAUUUCUCUGUCGACUUCUCCCUCGACGCCGUCUUUUCGGCUCUCGGAACCCUAACUCUGUUCGUCCUCUUUGUCUCUCUCUCGAGUCGCGCUUCAGAGGAGCCCGAGAUGUCUGAGAAAUUCUCACCGGCUUUGAGACUAGCGGAUUUGAACGACUUCAUCGCUCCUUCGCAGGCGUGUAUCAUUCCCUUCAAGGGAAAGAAAGCUUCUUCCAGAGAAGAGGGCCAACAAAAGUUGCUAUCUCAGAAAAGUCAGUCUCAAAGUGAACCUGUCAAAAUCACACUACAUGAUUGCUUAGCUUGCAGUGGUUGUAUAACAUCAGCUGAGACUGUGAUGCUUCAGCAGCAGAGCUUGGAAGAGUUUCUUUCUCAUUUAGAAUCAAAGAAAAAGUCUGUUAUAGUAUCUGUGUCACCUCAAUCAAGAGCAUCCUUAGCAAACCAUUUUCAACUCUCUCCUCUUCAGGUUUUCAGAAAGCUCACUCAGUUUUUGAAGUCUUUAGGAGUGAAGGCCGUAUUUGAUACAAGCUGCAGUCGGGACCUCUCACUCAUUGAAUGUUGUCAUGAAUUUAUUGAGAGAUACAAACAUCAGAAUGCAGUUGAUGGUGGAGUCCUUCCUGUGCUUUCUUCAGCGUGUCCAGGUUGGAUAUGUUAUGCUGAGAAAACGCUUGGAUCUUAUAUUUUGCCUUAUAUAAGCACAGUGAAGAGCCCUCAGCAGGCAAUGGGAACCAUAAUAAAGAACCAUGUUUGUUGGAAAAUGGGACUCAAACCAGAUGAAGUUUACCACGUAGCUGUCAUGCCCUGUUAUGAUAAAAAACUAGAAGCUGCAAGAGAUGAUUUUAUGUUCUCUGUUGAACGCCAAGGAGAAACAGGUCAGGAGGCUGCAGGUCCAAGGGUUUCUGAAGUAGAUUCAGUUUUGACGUCUGGAGAAGUUCUGGAUCUCAUACAGCUAAAGGCUGUCGAUUUCAAGUCGUUGGAAGAAGGUCCUUUGGACAGACUAUUAACUAAUGUUGAUGAUGAAGGACACUUAUAUGGUGUGCCUGGAGGCUCUGGUGGAUAUUCAGAGACUGUCUUCCGUUAUGCUGCCAAAGUGUUGUUUGGAAAGGUUAUUGAAGGACCAAUUGGCUUCAAAACUAUAAGAAAUUCAGAUUUUCAAGAAGCAAUCUUAGAGGUUGAAGGUAUGACAGUGCUAAAAUUUGCACUUUGUUAUGGAUUCCGGAACCUCCAAAAUAUCGUGAGAAAAAUCAAGAUGGGGAAGUGUGAAUACCACUUUGUGGAGGUCAUGGCAUGCCCUUCAGGUUGUUUGAAUGGCGGUGGUCAGAUCAAACCAAAUAAAGGUCAAUCUGCAAAAGAGGUUAUCCAGUUGCUGGAGCAUUUGUAUACAAAAGAUGUAAUGGUUGCUGAUCCAUUUGAGAACCCUCUAGUUAUAAACCUUUACAAGGAAUGGCUAGAGCAUGCUGGUUCGGGGAAGGCACGACAGUUCGUUCACACGCAGUAUCAUUCCGUGGCCAAAAGUUUAACCGCCCAAUUAAGCAAUUGGUGAUUGAGUGUGUGUAUUUUUGUCCCCAUAACCGUAGCUUAUGCCUUCAAAUAAAAUGGCUGCACUCUUUAUGGGUUGUGUACUGGGCGACACCAUGCACCAUGUAACAUUUUGUAUUCUAUAUUCUUUUUGAUGUGUUUUCAUCCCAACAAAUGUGCAUUUUUUGAUGCAAUAAAUGUAGACGGUUAUUUAUCAUAUAAUACGUUUGAACUUUGAAUAACCAAAGAAAAAAUUCAGUUAUCUCA